AUGUCGGCUCAGUCACCACCUCGGAACGGGGCGAACCCCGAGCAAGAAUACAUCCAUCAAAUUGCCAUAGAGAUGUCUCGAUUGAUGAACUCUGUCAACGUCAAUGAUUUACUCGGAAGACGUGUAGUGGAGAUAGCAAGGGGUAAUAGAAGUGGAGAUGCUUUCCUGAAAGCCGUUUCGACAUUUGGUAAAUUUCCUGAAGAUGCAAUGUUAUCAUUACACACACGUAUACUAGCUCAACAGUCCAUUGUAUCUCAGUCGAAUGGUAGUAGUAAUGCCCGAAGAGGAUCAGACCAUUCACCUCCUAGGAUGUUAGGCGGAAGACCUAGUGGUGAAGUCGAAGGUAUGGAACAUGACGAAUCAGAUAGGUUGGCUCCUGAGCCAGUGAGAAAAGGUGGAUUGAGACGAGGCGGAGGCGAUGCUGUGGCAUUUCGAGCUCCCCCCACUGCUAAACCAUCGUUAUUGGGUUUGGAUAGAUUAGCAGCCGAGAAGAGAGCUGCCGCAGCUGCUGCUGAAGGAAGGAGCGAGCCACCAAGUAAACGGUCAAAGAGGGAUGCGGAAGACGAGCGAGACGACGGAUCAAGUGCUGGAGGUGUAUUCAAAGUCCCAUCGAUACCCGUAAAACGAGAACAUGCGAGAGUACGACCAGAUGAAACGCCUAGUCGAGGUACAGGUCUGUCAGACGAAGCGAAGAAGAGACUAGAGGCUUAUAGGAGUAAGAAGAAUGCCCCCACUACUUCGAUCACUGCAUCGUCAUCGGAUAAAGAUGGUAGAGAUAAACAGGGUGGUAUAGAUGAUUUCCAAUCGAGGUUGAACAGAGGAUCUUAUCGAGAUGAGAGGGAUAGAGAUAGAAGAGGUGGCGGAAGAAAUGAUGAUCGAGAUCGAGAUAGGGAUGGGGAAAGAAGGGAUGAUAGGGAUCGAGAUAGGAGGGAUGGACGUUCUGGGGAGAAGAGCUGGGGAGCAGCACCUACACCUCGGACAUCCCGUUCAGCUCGAGAUCUUGAGGGAGGAAGUAGCAUGCGGGUACCCAAUAGAGGGUGGGAUGAAACUCCCCGUGGUAGUCGUGACAGAGGACCAGGAGGAUGGGGUAAAGCAGAGAGUUCAAGAAGACCUCAGACUUGGGAUCAGACUCCUCGAUCGGGCAGAAAGGGCUCUCCGGAUGACGAAGGUGGUAUAGAACUAGAUGCGAAGGAGUGGGAAGAAGAACAAGUCAGGUUGGAUAGGGAUUGGUAUAGCUACGACGAUGAAGGCGCCGUGGCACCCGAUGAAGAACACAAUCCGUUCUCGCAGUGGGAGAAUCUCGAAAGAGAGAAGGAGAAGGAACUCGAAGCGAAAGCUGCUAAGCGUCAGACAGCCCGUCAAGCUCAAUUCAACGCGGACAAUGAUCUAUGGGAGACCAACCGAAUGCAAACGUCUGGAGUCAUGCAGCGUGGUGGUGUAGACAUGGAUUUUGAGGAUGACUCAGACUCCAAGGUGCAUGUCUUGGUACAUGACUUGAAACCCCCUUUCUUGGAUGGUACAGUUGCCUACACUAGACAAUUAGAGCCUAUCAAUCCUGUCAAAGACGGUACGAGUGAUAUGGCUCAGUUCUCCAAGAAGGGCAGUGCUUUAGUAAAAGAAAGGAGAGAACGACAGGAGAGGGAAAAGGCUGCUGCCAAAGCCGCUUCUAUAGCAGGAACGACACUGGGUAAUAUCUUGGGUGUCAAGGAUGAACCUAAUUUAGGUGAAGAAGGCCAGAAAGCCGGAGAUGGGGAAGGCGGUAACUACAAAGCCGAUUCUCAAUUUUCGAGUCACCUGCAGAAAUCGGAAGGUGUAUCGAAUUUCGCUAAGACACGUACAUUACGUGAACAAAGAGAAUAUCUACCUGCUUUCGCUGUAAGAGAGGAAUUGAUGGGCAUGAUCCGAGAUCAUCAAGUGCUCAUCGUGAUAGGAGAGACUGGAUCCGGUAAAACCACUCAAUUAGGUCAAUUCUUGUAUGAGGAUGGAUACUGCGCGAAUGGUAUGAUUGGCUGUACUCAGCCUCGACGGGUCGCCGCUAUGUCGGUGGCUAAGCGUGUCAGCGAAGAGAUGGAGUGUAAUUUAGGAGAAACGGUUGGUUAUGCGAUUCGAUUUGAGGAUUGUACUUCGAAAGAUACCAAGAUCAAAUUCAUGACGGAUGGUGUACUGCUACGAGAAUCUUUGAAUGAAGGAGAUCUAGACCGAUAUAGCGUGAUCAUAUUGGAUGAAGCGCACGAACGAUCACUCAGUACGGAUAUUCUGAUGGGUCUGUUGAGGAAGAUCCUGACAAGAAGACGGGAUCUGAAAUUGAUCGUUACUUCCGCUACUAUGAACGCUGACAAGUUCUCACGAUUCUUCGGGAACGCCGCGACAUAUACUAUUCCUGGACGAACUUUCCCAGUCGAGAUCUUCCAUUCGAAAUCACCUUGCGAGGACUACGUAGAUAGCGCCAUCAAGCAGGUCCUGCAGAUACAUCUUUCAAGUCCUCAGGGAGAUAUAUUGGUGUUCAUGACGGGUCAGGAAGAUAUCGAAUGCACAUGUCAAGUGAUAGAAGAGCGACUGGAGCAGCUGGACGAUCCCCCACCUUUGGCUGUGUUACCGAUCUAUUCGCAGAUGCCUGCUGACCUGCAAGCCAAGAUCUUUUCACCCACACCUGAUGGAAGGCGGAAAGUGGUUGUAGCGACGAACAUCGCUGAAACCUCUUUGACAGUUGACGGUAUUCUAUAUGUGGUUGAUGCUGGAUACUCGAAGCUCAAGGUAUAUAACCCGAAAGUCGGUAUGGACGCUCUUCAGAUUACCCCUAUCAGUCAGGCAAACGCGGGACAGAGAACAGGUCGAGCUGGACGUACUGGUGCUGGUUUCUGUUAUCGACUUUUCACCGAGACUGCCUAUCUGAACGAGCUUUUCCCGAACAAUAUCCCCGAGAUUCAGAGAACCAAUCUUGCCAAUACUGUGUUGUUGUUGAAAUCACUGGGAGUGAAAAAUCUACUCGAAUUUGAUUUCAUGGAUCCACCACCGCAAGAGAAUAUUCUGAACUCGAUGUAUCAACUUUGGUGUCUGGGCGCUUUGGACAAUGUCGGGGAUCUGACACCUCAAGGUCGGAAGAUGUCGGAUUUCCCCAUGGAACCUUCCUUAGCUAAGAUGUUGAUUGUCGCGACGGAAUACCAAUGUUCUUCGGAGAUGUUGACGAUUGUCUCAAUGUUAUCAGUCCCAUCGGUAUUCUACAGACCACCCCAACGAGCUGAAGAAAGUGAUGCAGCGAGAGAGAAGUUCUUCGUUCCUGAGAGUGAUCAUUUGACACUGCUCCAUGUGUAUACUCAGUGGAAAAGUAAUGGGUAUUCCGACGCAUGGUGCAUGAAACAUUUCUUACAUCCUAAACUGAUGAGGAAGGCACGUGAAGUCAGAGGUCAGUUGGAGGAUAUCAUGAAACAGCAAAAGAUGGAGAUACUAUCCGUAGGAACCGAUUGGGAUAUAGUCAGAAAAUGUAUUACUGCAGGAUAUUUCCAUCAAGCUGCCAGAGUCAAGGGUAUUGGAGAGUAUAUGAAUGUCAGGACUGGGUUGCCUUGUGUGUUACACCCUACCAGUGCCUUGUAUGGUCUUGGUUAUAUGCCGGAUUAUGUUGUUUACCAUGAAUUGGUCUUGACUUCGAAGCAAUAUAUGAUGUGUGUAACGUCGGUUGAUCCUUACUGGCUGGCCGAGUUGGGAAGCGUUUUCUUCUCCAUCCGAGAGAAAAACUUUGACGCCUUGGCUAGAGCAAGAGCCAAUCGGGAUUUCAGUAAGAAGACCGAGAUGGAAGCUGAGAUGGCUAAACAGAGAGAAGAAAUCGAACGCGCCAAAGCAGAGAAGAUACGACAAGAAGCCGUUUCAAGAACACCGAAGAUCGGAGGAAUGGGUGUCGCCUAUACACCUAGAAGUGCAGGUAUUGGAGCUGGAUCAAGAUCUUCGGCAACUCCCCGAAGACGAGCAGGAGGAAUUUGA